UACACUCAACAGAGCCCCGCCCCCCGCGCCCGGCUCUAGGCGUCGGCUCGCAACCUCCGCUCCGUGGGCGGAUGAGUGCGACUCAUUGACUGCUCCGCGGUUUUUUGCUCUUCAAAACACGUAACGCUUAAUUCUGCUUGGAUUUCCCUCUCCCCCCCUUCCACUUAAAAGUAAGGAGCAAGAACGCAGGCAAGAUGCAGGCGAUUAAGUGCGUCGUCGUGGGAGACGGAGCCGUUGGUAAGACGUGUCUCCUCAUCAGCUACACGACGAACGCCUUCCCGGGAGAGUACAUCCCCACUGUAUUUGACAACUACUCUGCGAACGUGAUGGUGGAUGGCAAGCCGGUGAACCUCGGACUGUGGGACACAGCCGGACAGGAGGACUACGACCGUCUGCGUCCACUCUCAUACCCUCAGACAGACGUGUUCCUGAUCUGCUUCUCUUUGGUGAGCCCGGCCUCCUUUGAAAACGUCCGUGCCAAAUGGUACCCGGAGGUGCGCCACCACUGCCCCAACACCCCCAUCAUCCUGGUUGGCACCAAGCUCGACCUGCGGGACGACAAGGACACUGUGGAGAAGCUGCGCGAGAAGAAGCUGGCGCCCAUCACCUACCCACAGGGCCUGGCCAUGGCCAAAGAGAUUGCAGGAGCAGUUAAGUACCUGGAGUGCUCGGCGCUCACCCAGCGCGGCCUCAAGACCGUGUUUGACGAGGCCAUCCGCGCCGUGCUGUGUCCCCCACCCGCCAAGAAGCGCAAGAAGAAGUGCCAGCUCCUGUAGAUCGCGGCUUAACUCUCCACACUAACGACGCGCACUACGAGUGGAAGGGAGCGGACGAGCACCACUUGCGUCCAGAGGUUACCGCGAGCGUCAAGUGGUAACAUUGUUUUUGGGUUGCGUUCCGGUUGGCUUCAUUGUUGGGCUACAUGUAGAGGCUGACACUGCAGGUGAUGCUGACAAACACUAUUAAAACAAAAAAAAUUGCGUUCUGCGCGAUAUUGUUUGCAAGAUAUUAAAACACACACACACACACGUGCUCAUUUUCUCACCGAUUUAAUGUGCGGCACAUGUCUGGUACCUCUUCGUAUCGUGUACAUAACCACACCGCUUUAAUUGUAGAAUUUGGAGGACCACUUCUGACCAACUUGUACACGGACAUAAGAGUAUAAUAGGGAUCAAUUCACCUGGCAGAAAGACCCUAUUGACAUUCAUAAUUUCUUACUAUGGUGACAGAACGGAAUAACAACGAGCCAGUGCUGCUGAUAAUCUUUAUUUGAAUACCAGCUGCUCGCUUAACAUUAAUCCAGGAUCUAAAGUGUAGUGAGAUCAACGGUUUCAACUUGAGCACAAAUAAUUCCAUAAAAAACAUCCGUCAUAUAUAUGACUCUCUCCUUAGCUCGCUACAAGGGCUACAUUUUAAAAGGGGAUCUAAAAAUCAAUGUUAAGCAUAGAGCGGAAUUAAUCACCAUUAUUGUUGCUCACAAAAGAUGUCUUUGCAACUAACCUUUAAAAAAACAAAUGCAGUGUCCAGAUCACAAAACACUAAUAAAAAUAAUGUAGAAGUGAUAAAAUGACUGAAAAAUCAUCCGCAUAAUGGUUUUGGUGAAAGUUGAAUUUUGUAAAUGCUGAAUGAAUUGAAAAAAGUACUGCAAGAUUAGGGUAUGAACUGAAUGUUUACAAUUCGACCGUUACACUAAUGGUUACAGAAUUAAUGUUUAAGCCGUAUAACCUGCAGUUAGUAAAAGAUAAACGCAUUGAUUGAACAGCGGUCUUUGCCGUUCCAUUAAAUUCUUGUUAUCAGCCUUUUAAGUUUUGUAUUUCCCAAUUAUAUUUCUGUUGGUUGUUCACUUUCCGUGUUUUGUGUGGGAAGGUUAGGAAUUGCAUUAACGGUUCCCACCACACAAACGAAACAACGCAAAGCUUUCAUCAUCAUCACUAACACCGGACACAUUCUAUUCUGGUCAAUCUCGACGCCGUGUCAAGGUUUUGCCAGUCGUCUCCUGAAUGCGUAGGAACGUGCAGAUGAAUUAAUAUCAGGGCGGGGGGGCAUGUUUUAUGGCGAUGCAUAUUACAGUGUUACAAUGCAUGUGACUAGUAGACUAUUGGACUGCAUACGUCUAGGAUUGUGAGGUUUGCUGUGAGGUGGUGUUUGUCAAUCUCUUGUCGGCUUGUAUGUUCACAAUGCCUGGGAGAGGAAAAAACACGAUUAAAAACGACCACACUACAGACACUGCAGUGGCAGCAAUUAUUAAUAAUCUUAGUUAAAUUCAAUGAGACACCAUUUCAAUAAGUUGCCACAGUACAUAUGUACUGAAUCAGAAUCACAACGGUUACAUUGGAGGAAUCCAAUGAGCUAUGAAGCUUUUUUUUUUACACAUGUCCACUCUGGGCGGGUUAGCAAGUAACACGUGCAAGCAGUCUUAAGGAAUUUCGCGUGAUAAUGCGCAAUCAAGAAGCUUGUAAAUCUGUCAAAUGCAACUUGAAAACAGUGAAUUCUUGAUUGUGUGAGAAUAAUGACACAAUGCCUUCCAAAUUGCCAAAUGCAGAGCGGAUGAAACAGAAAGUGCAGCCUGCACCAUAGACGUGUGAAGUGUUGCUGUAGAUACAUCCACCUUCCGUGAAUACACUUCUCUUUGGAAGGUGUGAAUGCCAAAAACACGUGGGUCUGGCACGAUGGAAGGGGGGGCCUGCCUUUAUUUUGUGGUUCGGUUUUAGUGUUUUUAUUUGCUAUUAACAUAGUUUACCCCAUAUUGUUAACUUCAUUAUUACAGUAGUAGUCCCCCAAUAUCAGUCCUAUAAUAUGUAUUGUUGCUAUUCGUAUAUUACCCAGGGCCAGCACGUUAUCUUUUUAUUAGUUGACAAUUUUUUAAAAAUAUUGUAUUUAAAUGUACCUUUUAAAAUUGUGACUAAUUAAAUAGAACAAUGUAGCACCCUCGUAUCCGUUGUGAUGUCUAUAUAGGUAUUUGGAUGAGAUAGGUGUUCAUUUUAAACUGAUAUCAGACCACAUUUACCUUUGUUAUGGUAUCCCUGUGUUUCAUAUGAUGCAGAGUCAUGGCAGUGUAGAAACUUCACCACAGGCACAAUAUUGUGGUGGUGAAUUUUUUAGUUAUCCAGUUGGUCUGGCCAGAUAUUGUGGUGGAUUAUUCCUACCUCGUCAAAGACAUCUGGCAAGCUUGCACGAGUAAGCCAAAAUACCCACUGUAGAGGCUCUAGAACUGUCUAGUGAACACCACUGUGCCAACAUUGGCAUGCAAUUCCCGGGGCUGCACCUCUGUCAUACAAAUUGAUGAUCGUUGGCAUAGCUACAGAUCCCCUGGCUUCUGAUGGUCUCGGGGUUCCAGAAUCAAUACGACAAAUGUGAUAAGUUGGACUGCUGGUUUUUUUACAGAUACCGUGGCAACAUCAGUACACAAUAUUUAAAAAAGAAAUUUGCUCAUAACCGAUUUUAAUUAAGUGGUUCCAAUACAUUUUGUGUGAAACUCACCGAUUACCAGGCACGGAUAUAACAAUGUUUGGCAUUGUGCCGAUCCCUGGUGGAUACAACUACCACUGGUGGUAUAUUUACGUCAUUUGAAUACCGCAGAAGUCAAAUUUGGAAGCCGUGGUAGUGACUGAAACUUCUCACGGCUCCCACUCAACUUUGCACCGCUAUCAUACAUUAUAAUAGCCAUAUUGCUGUGUCCCCGCCGCACUCGACCACAAUCGUGGCUUUCAAUGUAAAAAAUAGGGCCAAAGCACCCUGUGUCAAAUUCUCUAGCUUCACAUCUCAACACGAACACUGCCUGCUAUUUUCACUGUAACGAGAUGUGUGAACAAAACGGUUUUUAUGGAAAUCUGGUACUUAGGUGGCAAGUGUAUAUUUCAUCUACGAGUCAAUUUAAUCUCGCCUCGUAGGGUUGAUUUUCAGUUUGAGAGCCCCUUUUUAAUUCGCCUAAUUUACGUUAAUGUGUUUAGGGGCAAUUCGCUCUUUGUACAGACACUGGUACAUUAUCACUGUUCAUGUUUUUCAGCACAAAUAAGCUGAGCAUGCUGUGUAUUAAAAACGUAAACAACAUUAAAAGAGGUAACCACCAUGUAACGAACCAUCGGUUCCUAAUUUUUUAUUGACCAAUAAUUCCCUACCCUUGAAAAUGUCUUAUAUUCCCAUUACAAUUAUAACAACUCGUCAGAAGUGUUAUAUAGCUUAUGAGCAAAGUAUUUAAUUGGGGGGGGGGGGGGGGGGAACUAAUUGUGGCAUCGCCACCUGCUGGCAGGCAAUACCCAGUUGCAGGUCAGCGGCGUCUACUUUGUGUCGCAUAGACAGUUGCCACCGGGGAUCUCCAAGGCUCGAUUGUCUUCAGGCAAUGGCAUGGUUGAGAUGAUGUGACUUCGGGUGCUUUCAGAUGCCGAGGUAUUUCAAUACCCGAUAAAUGAAGAUCUUUACAAAUAAAGUAAUGGUGAGUUCAUCUAUAACUAAUGUUGCUGACAGAAGGCAGAGCUAUCGAGGAGGGAGCAAUGUGGAGAAACCCCUUUCCCCCCCCUUAUGUCUCAUCAGAUCCUCGGCACUUUCACUGAUCCCUCCUAAUGCUUGAGCCCCCAAUGAUGGUGUAAGCCCAUUACACUAAACUCAGCUUAACAGGUUAGUGAGUUUUUUCAGUUUGUGUAGCGUUUUCUUUAGUCCAUGGACUGCAUUGCCACGUUAUGCUUAUGUAAUAUAACGCUACUUUUCCUCAAUCCUCGGAACUACAUUCAUUAAGUGUAACUGCGUAGGAAAUCGCGGUUGUGCUGUAUAGCUCUCAGCGAUAUUUUUGGGGUUGUACCAAAUGUUGUUCGGGGCGAUGUCCAACUGGUUCCUGAAGAAGCUGCCAGUACGUGGAGUGAAACGUCGGACAUCCUGCCGAACAACACCCAGUACAGCCCGAAAGCAAAGUGAGUGAUACGCAACAGCAUGUGGCUUGAUAGGAAGUCUAUGUCGAGGCUCCAGAAGUUUCACAUGCAGAACGCCACAAAAUGUAGCAUUAUCUUGUGAAUUGUUCGUGUGCCACCUUCCUUAAACUUGGCUCCCCCAUGUACAAAAUAAGUGCAGUAGAUCAUGCACCCAACAUAUCUUUCUCACUCUUGUAAACAAGCCUCAUAGAACCAUACCUGCAUGUGGUAGAAUAAUUCACGCAGCCCUUUCCAAAACUGCCUCGAUUGUUUAAAAAAAAAAUUGCGAUGAAAUCACAUCUGCAGGGUAAUUGGAAGUCCACUAUUGACAACCACCGUUCCUGCUGUGCUACUUUACCACGAGCCCUGGUGACAUGCUCUCUUCGAAAUGAGAAACUUAAAAGUGACUUGCUGCGUACACGUUAUGGCGGUCAUGCUGCAAUACUAUCCGAUGAGUUGGGGUUUUGUGCCGCGUGUUUGUUGGGUCGUGAUGUCUGGAUUUUGAGAACAGCGAGCUAGCGCAAUUUCAGUUUUGAAGAAGCUCCCAGGACGUGAAGCGAAACGUUUGGGGACGUCAUGCCGAACUAAACGCGGCACAGCCCGAAAACAUGGGGGAAGAGCCGUAACACCGAGUCGAUUUUAAUUUGCUGUGCAUUGUGGUGAGUUUAAAGGAAAAUCAGACGAUGCAGACAUUAGCACCUUCGUGUAUAUUCGCUAUUUGUCAAAAGGUUUUUCAUUUUGUUAGUGAACGCAAGUGAACUGGUCAGGCUGCUUGUCAGAUUUUUCCAGGUUCCUUAAGAAAGUGGCAAAGUGGUGUCGGUGAUUUGCUACGAGCUUAGUUUCGUGUUAAACUUCUGGUGAACGAAUACGCGUUUAAAUGUAACUCCUAAACCCUACAUAUGAAGUCUUACUGUUCGUCAAAAAUAAAUCGUGUAAUAAAAUGUUAACCUCAUGACUUUGGUAGUUACCCCUUAAUCAUGACUUUAACUUCAUAAACUUUAAAUAUAUUGAUAAAACCUUAUACAAUUUCUAAUUUGUAAACGUUACCAAUAAGACAUUUCUGUAUGUUACUAUUUUUUAGAUCUAUUGAAAGGUUUGUUUUGACAAAUAAUUCAGCUUUUCCGUGGUAUAUAAUGACAGUUUUUGGUUUCCACUGACGCAGGUGUGCUCGUUGUCAUGUAGGUCCACUGCUAAUAACCACGUGUAGCAUAUAGCGGAGACAAUGAACACCUGUUUACCUUCGUACAUUGAUUUGUGACUUUUAGGCGAGUAAUAAAAAGUGCAUGAGGAAACUGGUA